UCACACAACUCGCUUGCAUUCGUCAAGAUCAUAAGAAUGAUUCUCCAUAGUCCAUGCUACGGUUUACACUUUACACUGCUUAUCAACUAACGAAUUACCCCGUUUUAUAAAUUUAGAAUUUACACCUACACCCGGUACUUAUAUAACCAUAGUGCAGGAGGCUUAGUUCACCACUACAUAGUUAAAGUUUCGAAAGUUCUACUGCAAUUUACGAACGGAUUGUAUAAGCCUGCAAAAUGCCACACCAUCAUCAAACCCCAGCUGGCGGAGUACCCCCGGGUUAUCCAUCAGGAUCGACGGUGCCACCAGGUUAUCCAUCGGGAUCGACAGUGGCACCUGGGUAUCCAGCGGGAGCCGUUCCCAGUUAUCCCGCCGGCGCAGUUCCCUCGUAUCCCGGAUAUCCCGCCGGGGCGGUUCCCACCUAUCCGGCCGGCGCUGUGCCCAGUUACCCCGCGGGAGCCGUUCCAGGGGGAGCUGCUGGACCGUACAGUCCAUACGGAGAAUAUGCCCUGCGAGCUGGACAACGGCUAGUUCCUGGACAGUCGCUUUUUGCCGAAGACCGCUCCGUGUAUCUGACGAUGCAGACCGACGGGAAUCUGGUGCUUUAUCGCAGCCGUGACAAUCAUGCAAUCUGGGCUUCUGAUACACAACACAAGCCUAUAACGGAAUGCGUCAUGCAAGAAGACGGAAAUCUCGUGCUAUACGACCAGCAUAAGCAUCCCUAUUGGUCAACAAAUACACACGGAAAUCCUGGUGCAGAGCUCAAAGUGCAGACAGAUGGAAAUCUGUGCCUUUAUGUUCAUGGCGGAAGAUGUAUAUGGGCCAGUCAAACAUACGGGAAAAAUCGCUGAGUAUUUUAUGAUAAAUUAUUCCUGUUUUUUUCCACUCUGUGAUCGUUUUACACCUUUUUUUUAUUAACAAUAACAUAAUUAAGACAAAGCACACUUCCUCUGCCCGUUUAAAGAAAUUUCUGUCAUCCUGAGAUACCCGGAUACGUUCGAGUAAUUCACUGCAAAAAAAUGGCGAUUGAAUUAAAUUUAGCGAGCACU